UUUUUUUGUUAUGCAGCAAAUCCCUUAGCAAUGCCCUGACCUUCUCUCAGUAAACACACGUUGGCUUGCAUUCUGAUUUAUUUUACUAAAUUUAUUUUGUUAUUUUUUACAUAUAUAUAUAUAUACAGAAGUAGAUGUGAUCCUGUUUGUGGCUGUUAUCCAGUCUAGAGAUGUUGGUGUUAAUGGGACUUGCUGUGGUCCUGAUGCUGAAUUCUGUAUCUUCUCUUCCAGCUGGGUACCACAACCUUACUGAUGGGGCUAGUAAAGAACACGGGAAAGAGACAGCCAUUCAUCAGGUAACGAGCAUGUCCAAAACCAGGGUUCUUGCAUGUAGAUAUGUACAAAUGAUUGCUUAUAAAUAAUUUAUAUUUAUACAUUUAUUUUCUGUACACAACAUGACUAUUAUUGCCCUUCAUUCUAGGGAUGCUGUAUUGGUGCCUUGAUUUGAACAUUGUGUCAUUAAAGUGCUAGUUAUACCAGUGUACACUGUUAGAGAGUGGGGUACAGUGUCCCCCCCGAUCACAUUAAUAGCUCUAAAUUUGGUCACUGGAGAUGCUGUGGACUUUAAUUUACUUUACUGUCAAUCAACUAAAAUAUGGCAGAGAGUGAUGGGAGCCUAAAUGAGUACACUACCCUCUUCUGGGGUUCCAAACCUUAAAGGGAAGAUGUAGGCACUGUGACCAUUUUGUUUCAUUGAGUUGGUUAUAGUGCCUAGAUUUACCUAGCGCUGUCCCUCCAUUUAGGGUUAAGCCCUUUUUGGACAAACCUCAGAAGUCAGCAGGGGAACACAGGUGGACUCUAGGUGGGUGUUAAAAGAGUAAUACACCGAAGCUAGCAGUGCUGAUAAAGUAACAGUUUUUACGUAGAACACAUCAUAUAUCUCUAUAUAAAUAUAUAUUUCUUUACAUAACAGGUUCACUUUAAAACAAUGUUUGAGUAACCAUUUAACCAGACCUAGAGGCUGCUGCAGUGUAAUUCCUAACUAUAAUCAGUGGGACCUAAAUGACACUAUAGUCACCAGAACAACUAUAGCUUAAUGUAGUUGUUCUGGUGUCUACUGCCUGGUAGGCGUUUUAAUGUAAACACUGCCUUUUCAGUUGUUUUCAUAACUAUAUUGACAGGAAUACAUGUUUGUAGUGUUCUUUGAAUCCUGUCCAGGGAGUGAAGCAGUAUUUUUUAAUUUCACAUUCAUUAAAAUGCACCAUUUUGAUACAACCAAUUUAAAAUAGAUACAUUUACUUUCUGAACCUUACUGGUGCAACUCCCCAGAAUGGGUUGACACGUUAUAAAUUAAUAGUAAUAUAUUUAUUAGGUGACCAGUAGUUGAUGAAGUAGUACAGUUUAGCAAUAACAGGUCAAACAAUCAAAGUAUGAUUACACAGUGCUGCAAAGGGCCCCUUGUGGCAAAGUGAAGCAGCACACUUAAAUGAGAUAGAAGCAGAGACAAAAUACACAAGACAAAGUACUCCCUCAAAUGUAAGGUCACCCGAUGGGCUUCUCUGAUCAGGUCGUAGUCAGGUGCUGGGAACCUUUACCAGGGCAGUAGACCGGGCCCCUUAAAGAUCUACCUGGGAGGAAGUGAGUACAGGUCACUUUCUCCCAGCUUACAGAGAGAGAGAGAAGAGGAGGCAGAGAGAGGACAGAGAGAGCAGAGUAAAAACCCGGACCUGCCUAGGACUCCCAUCAACCAGCACCUGCUGCAGCCAGAUCCCAGGAUAUUCACUCUCCUCCAUGCCCAAAGGUAUAGAAACAAACAGAGGCGUAACUAGAAGCCACAGGUUCCCGGUGCACAAAAUUUCCCUGGGGCCCCCACUCCUCCAUGUGUCUCAUUUCCCCCCAAGUGUCGUAUUUUCUCCCACUCAGUCCUACAUGUGUCUCAUUCCUCCUAAAGCAUCUCAUUACCCCCUAGUCCAUCCAUGUCUCUCACCACCCCCUGCAGCCCCUCCAUAUGUCUCUCACCUCUGACCCCUGCAGCCCUCCCAGGUGAUUUUUUCCUCCUCCCCUGCAGCCCCUCCAUGUGUCUCUUCCCCCCCUCCCCAGAAGCCCCUCCAUGUGUUCCCUCCUCCCCUUCAGCCCCUCCAUGUAUCUCUCCUUCCCCUGCAGCCCCUCCAUGUGUCUCUCCCUCCUCUGCAGCCCCUCCAUGUGUUCCCCCUCCCCUGCAGCCCCUCCAUGUGUUCCCCCCUCCCCCUCCCCUGCACCCCAUCUAUAUGUCUCCCCUCCCUCCCCUGCAGCCUUUCUAUGUGUCCCACCUACCCUGUAUCCCCUCCAUGUGCUUUCCCACUCCCAUGCAGCCCCUCCAUGAGCCUCCUCCCUCCCCAGCAGCCCCUCCAUGUGUCUCCCCCCUCCCCUGCAGCCCCUCCAUGUGUCUUCUCCAUCCCCUGCAGCCCCUCCAUGUGUAUCCCCCCUCCCCUGCAACCCCUCCUUGUAUCGCCUCCUCCCCUGAGGCCCUCCAUGUAUCGUCAUCGUCCGCCGCAGCCCCUCCAUGUGUCCUCUUCCCCCUUCCCUGCAUUUCCUCCAUGUGUCUCGCACUCCUCCCCCUUCAUGCAGCCCCUGCAUGUGUCUAACCCCAACCUCCCCUGCAGCCCCUAUUUUUAUCCAAUAGUGUAAAUUCCACAGAAAUGAAAGUUCCUCUUUAAGGGGAAUUUAAAGGGGUUUUUUUUUUUAUGACUUCCUCACUUAAUGUUAGACAGUUAGAGGUAUGUAUUGUUUACAGACUAAUCAAAGUGACUAAUGCUGUAGGAAGAGACAAGUAUAAUGUCACAAGGAAAAAGUCACUGACAUCAUUCACGUUGCCCAGGUAGCUAACCUGCUCUGUUUAUAUGUGUCAUUACCUUAAAGAGAGUAACCAGUUAGGUGACCAGACUUGUUAAAUGAUAAUUAGCACUCUUGGCAAUUGGUUACAUUAAUCAUUAUUUGUUCUGUUGCUAAGUAAUUAAAGUCAGCAGCAUAUGGUAAUCCUGGGCGGAGUUAAUGUCAUUCCAUUUUUAUAAUGAAAAUUAUAUUAAAAAGGAGUAUUUUUGGUAUGUAAAGGCUCUGUUUUCUGAUUGCCAUGAAUAUUAUCCAGCAAGGAAGGAUGCGCAUGUUGAGAACAUAAUCAGCCCCUUUGAAAUGUUUUGUAUUUCUCAUCUUUCUUGAACAGCAAAACAUAUGAUUUAUAAAACCUAUACAAUCAUGAGUGAAGGGAUCUUAGUCCAUUCAUCCCCUCCACUAGAUUGUCUGGGGGAUUUAUUCUCCUAUCCCAUCCUUGCUUCCUACACUCAUGAGCAAACAUUGCUUCUUACAGCCUAACGGUCCAUUGGGUUUGGUGGAUCUCCAUUUUGUUAUAGACCCCCUAUAAGCGCUUUAUACUGGGGGGUCUGGAUGGAAGCACUUAUGUGAUAUUCAUGUAACACAGAGUCCUAUUAUCCAUGUGUUUUGUGAACUACAUUUCCCAUAAUUCUCAGCAAGCCUUGAGGGGUGUAAAGGUUAAAGAUUGCCUGACUUUCCGAGAUAGCUAUCUCAUUGCCCUACGGGGACUGGUACUAUUUAUGACACUGUGUUGUUUCUCUCUCUGUCUCUGCAGACAUGCAACAGUUCCAGUGACUGCCCGGAAAAUCAGUAUUGCCAUUCUACAGAUUAUACCACAGAAUGCCAAGAAUGUAAACCAAAGGAAAAAGUGAGAGAUCUAUUGAUUUUUAUUGAAAAGCAAAUGCUAUCUGAUCUGAUUUAUUUAUGAAUAUUUCAAGAUAUAUGAUCCAAAUCAAGUCUGUAAUAAUUAGUGCUGUUCUGUAUUUAGUUUACUUUUGCAUUUUGUUCCUAAUUAUCCAUAGGUGUCUUCCAGUGUUUUACUAGUGGCUCACAAGCAUCUAAAUCUAUGCCCGCCAAUGGCCACCAAGCACCUGGGUACAUAUCCAUACCUCCCAAGUGUCCCAAUUUAGGAGGGGCUGCCCUAUUUUGAGCCCGAAUCCUUAGGUUGCUCUUUUCUAUCCUAAUGUCCAUCUUUUCUAGGGGUUCCAUGUUGUUGGUGUGUCUGAGUCUAUAACAGAGCUCCACAGUACAGUAAUGUGCCUUUAAUCUACAAUAAAUGUGUUUAGAAAUCAGUCUGUGUACAUAAGAUACAUUGUUCUUGUUCUAAAGUACAUUUUGGUUAUAUAAAUUGUUAUUGAUAAGUCACCAAACAUUUCUCAGAACAUCCCAAUCCAUAAAAUGAAUGAAUGAAUUAAUUAUACAGGGUGGGCCAACAUUCAGAAUAGGGUUUGAGGAGUUAAUAACUUUUAUCAAUGAACCAAUUUCAAUGAGAUUACAUCUGGGAAUUUCUUUAAAUUAUCCGGUAACCGAACAGUUGUCUCAGUUUUGGAAAUAAAAUUCCACUACUUUCACUUGUUGUUCCUUCAUGAAAUUACCCAUGAUGAAUCUCCCAAGACUCAGUUGCAAUUGUACCUGCAACAAAAAACAAAUAAGUUAUUUACUUGUCAAAUCCUUCUAUGAAUUUUGGCCCAACCUAUAUUAUACCAAUACCUAUUCGUUGUCUUUUGGCCUAUUUCCACUGGCAGAAUACAAAAAAAACCAAAACGAAAGAGUUUCAAAUGCAACUCUUUAAAUAAUAGGUAUGAGUAUAUCUGUAUAGUUUUUUAAUUUAGAAAAAAAAAUCCCAAUAUUUAUUAGAAUAAGGUGUCCUUCAUAUCUUAAAGGGACACUAUAGUCACCAGAACAACUACAGCUUAUUGAAUUUGUUCUGGUGAGUAGAGUCAUUACCUUUUUGCCGUAAACACUGUCUUUUCAGAGAAAAUGCAGUGUUUACAUUACAGCCUAGUGAUAACUUCACUGGCCACUCCUCAGAUAGCUGAUAGAUAGAGAUCAUUCCUGGGUCAUGGCUGCCUAAAAUGCAUCCAAACAUUCAGUGUCUCCUCCCUCUGCAUGCAGACACUGAACUUUCCUCAUAGAGAAUCAUUGAUUCUAUUCAUCUCUAUGAAGAGAUGCUGAUUGGCCAGGGCUGUGUUUGAAUCAUGCUGGCUCUGCCCCUGACCUGCCUCCUUGUCAGUCUCAGCCAAUCCUAUGGGGAAGCACUGUGAUUGGAUCAGGCCACCACCUCUAAUGAUGUCAGCAGACUGCUUGUUUUUCUGAGUCUAACAGCAUGCAGAGUUGCAGCUUCAGGCUUGAAUACAGUAAGAUUUUGCUAUAUUUAUGGAGGCAUGAGGGGCCCAGAGGGGAUAGAUGGUGGUGUUAACACCAUAGCGUCAGGAAUUCAUGUUUGUGUUCCUGACCCUAUAGUGAUCCUUUAACAUUCCAACAGUCAUAUGGAAACACUAAUGGAGAAGUGUGUUAUUACUUCAUUAUUAUAGUGUUAUAUGUCAUAUGAACUUGAACCAGUGGAAUCGGUUAACAAUAGCUUUCUAGCGUCAUGUGGAUUCCAGCAUUAUCACUGGCAUUGUAUGUAAUCUUCAUCAUCAACAGAAUUAUCAUAAUUAACAGCAUUAUUUUCAUAUUGUAUACGAUAAAUAGCUUAGAACAGUUCCUUUUUGAGUUUUGACAUUUUGAUGAUCCAGGAGUGUGAGCAAGAUGAUGAAUGCUGCUUUGGACAUACCUGUAUUUGGAGAAGGUGCACUGAAGUAGAUAGCAGUGAUGAGAUUGGGAGAAGCAUUGGUGAUAACGAGACAAACACUGGUGAUAAUGAGAUGGGCAAUGGUGAUAAUGAGACAGGCACUGGUGAUACCGGGACAAGCACUGGUGAUAACGAAACAAGCGAUAGUGAUAAUGAGACAGGCGUUGGUGAUAACUGGACAAGCAAUGAUGAAAACGAAACAAGAUGUGGUACAGGCAAAGACCCUUGCGCUCCUGGAUUCUGCUGCUCCAGAACAGAAAGUAAGAUCCUGUUCACUGCUUUUUUUCACUGUAAAUAUAAACCUCAAAAUUCAUUCCCCAAACCAUUACCAAAAAUAAAUGGAACACAUUAAUGUAUUAAAGUGAGGGAAAAAGGAAUUUAUCCCCUGCUGAUUUUGAACAUUUGCCCACUGACAAAGAGAUGAUCAAUCUAUAACUUUAAUAGUAGGUGUAUUUUAACAGUGAGAGAUAGAAUAACAAAAGAACAUCACAAAAACGCAUGUCAAAAAAGUUAUAAAUCGUUUUGCAUGUCAAUGAGUGAACUAAGUAUUUGACCCCUUUAACUUAGUGCUUGGUGGCAAAACCCUUGUUGGCAAUUGCAGAGGUCAGACGUUUCUUGUAGUUGGCCACCAGGUUUGCACACAUCUCAGGAGGGAUUUUGUCCCACUCCUCUUUGCAGAUCCUCUCCAAGUCAUUAAGGUUUCGAGGUUGACGUUUGGCAACUCAAACCUUCAGCUCCCUCCACAGAUUUUCUAUGGGAUUAAGGUCUGGAGACUGGCUAGGCCACUCCAGGACCUCAAUGUGCUUCUUAUUGAGUCACUCCUUUGUUGCCUUGGCUGUGUGUUUUGGAUCAUUGUCAUGCUGGAAUACCCAUCCACAACCCAUUUUCAAUGCCCUAGCUGAGGGAAGGAGGUUCUUAUCCAAGAUUUGAUGGUACAUGGCCCCGUCCAUCGUCCCUUUGAUGCGGUGCAGAAAAACACCCCAAAGCAUAAUGUUUUCACCUCCAUGGUUGACGGUGCGGAUGGUGUUUUUGGGGUCAUAUGCAGCAUUUUUCCUCCUCAGAACACUGCGAGUUGAGUUGAUGCCAAAGAGCUUGAUUUUGGUCUUAUCUGACCACAACAACUGCACCCAGUUCUCCUCUGAAUCAUUCAAAUGUUCAUGUGCAAACUUCAGCUUGGCCUGUACAUGUGCUUUCUUGAGCAGGGGGACCAUGCAAACACUGCAGGAUUUCAUUUCUUCGCGGCGUAAUAGGUUACCAAUUGUUUUCUUGGGGACUAUGGUCCCAGCUGCCUUGAGAUCAUUAACAAGAUACUCCCGUUUAGUUCUGGGCUGAUUCCUCACCGUUCUCAUGUUCAUUGAAACUCCACAAGGUGAGAUCUUGCAAGGAGCACCAGACCGAGGGAGACUGACAGUUAUUUUGUGUUUCUACUAUUUGCAAAUAAUUGCACCAACUGUUGUCACCUUCUCACUAAGCUGCUUGGCGAUGGUCUUGUAGCCCAUUCCAGCCUUGUGUAGGUCUACAAUCUUGUCCCUGACAUCCUUGGACAGCUCUGGUCUUGGCCAUGGUGGAGAGUUUGGUAUCUGAUUGAUUGAUUGCUUCUGUGGACAGGUGUCUUUUAUACAGGUAAAGAGCUAAGAUUAAGAGUGCUUCCUUUAAGAGAGUGAUCCUAAUCUCAGCUCGUUACCUGUAUAAAAGAUACCUGGAAGCCAGAAAUUUUGCUGAUUGAUAGGGGUUCAAAUACCUAAUUUUUUUUUGACAUGCGUUUUUCUGGAUUUUUUGUUGUUGUUUUGUUAUUCUGUCUCUCACUGUUAAAAUACACCUACUAAUAAAAUUAUAGACUGGUCAUUUCUUUGUCAGUGGACAAACAUUCAAAAUCAGCAGGGGCGCAAAUACUUUUUUACCUCACUGUAUCAGCAAUUCCUGAUAUAUUUGUUUUAUUUAUAUUUAAGAAUUUUUUGAGCAGUAGAUGAUAUUUGUGCUGUUUAUAUGGCUACUCCACAGUACUGACCACUCCACUGCCCAAUGAGUGAGAGAUUGUUGGGAAGCCUGGGAUUACAAGGUUAUUUUAUUAUUAUUAUUAUUAUUAUUAUUACCUAAUGGUUAUUUGGGUAACCAGGAGUACACGUCACCCCUACAUUCAUAGUCUAGAACAGGGGUAGGCAACCUUUGACACUCCAGAUGUUGUGGAGUAUAUCUCCCCUGAUGCUUUGCCUGCAUUAUGUCUGUAAUAGUGUUAUAGGAGAUGUAGCCCACAACACCUUGACUGCCGAAGGUCACCUACACCUGGUCUAGAAACGUCUUGGUCCAUUGCAAAGCUCCUGCAGCCGCUUAGAUGCUUUCAUGUAUUAUUAAAUUUGCUUUUCCUUGCCCCCAGGCCAAACAAUAUGAAAUACGAUGCACUCUCAUGUAAUAUCACCUCAAUCAUUGACUCCUACAAAGCCAUGCUCCCAAUUACAUCCAGUGUGCUGCAUCUCUAUAAUGAAUUAAAAAUAGAUUUUACAUACACCCUAGAGAGUCACUUUAACUCUGAGCCGCAGCUGUGGACUGUGACAUGAUGACAGUAAUCAUGUAACCAGUAAGAAAUCUUAACAAUGCAGCUACUUAUUGCAGAUAUUGGCCUUGAUUUAUAAGCUUUCCAAAUGAUUCAAUACUCUCAGAAAAACUUUCCAAUUGAUUGAUCUUCACAAAUUCCCACUUUAAUGGUGGCAUCUGUAGAUAAAUCAUUCAUAAAGUUAUUCUUACGAUAUGGAAUCUAUUGAAAAGUUUAUUAAAUUGAGGUCAUUGUUUUUAAAAUAAACAAAUAAAACAGUUUAAAAAACAUUUGUUUUUGUUAAAGGGUGACUUUUUUUGUAAUGGCUGAAUUUUAUUUAAAGGGACAUUAUAGUCACCUGAACAACUUUAGGUUAAUGAAGCAGUUUUGGUGUAUAGAACAUGCCCCUGCAGCCUCACUGCUCAAUCCUCUGCCAUUUAGGAGUUACAUCACUUUGUUUAUGAACCCUAGUCACACCUCCCUGCAUGUGACUUGCACAGCCUUCCAUAAACACUUCCUGUAAAGAGAGCCCUAUUUAGGCUUUCUUUAUUGCAAGUUCUGUUUAAUUAAGAUUUUCUUAUGCCCUGCUAUGUUAAUAGCUUGAUAUACCCUGCAAGAGCCUCCUGUAUGUGAUUAAAGUUCAAUUUGGAGAUUGAGAUACAAUUAUUUAAGGUAAAUUAUAUCUGUUUGAAAGUGAAACCAGUUUGUUUUUUCAUGCAGGCUCUGUCAAUCAUAGCCAGGGGAGGUGUGGCUAGGGCUGCAUAAACAGAAACAAAGUGAUUUAACUCCUAAAUGGCAGUGAAAUGAGCAGUGAAAUUGCAGGGGAAUGAUCUAUACACAAAAACUGCUUUAUUUAGCUAAAGUAAUUUAGGUGACUAUAGUGUUCCUUUAACUGUAUAAACUGUAAAAUAAUGAAAAACUAAUUUAAAUAACCAAUUUAAAAAAAUUAAAUAUCUAUCUUUCUAAAUAUUAAAAAGGUCUGACAAGUAUAAAUUCACUCCUACUGGGCAUGCCAUGGACCCUCCAGACUUGCAGUGGCAAGUAAUCCUGGCUAGUAGUGUGGCCUGUAAAAAUUAACUGUUGAUUCUGAUUUUGGUAGCUAAAAUUCAAGUCAAAAUCACCAAGAUGCUUAACACCCUAUCAAACACAGCCAAGUUGUGUUUCCUUGCUUGCAAAGGAAGAUAGAACAGUGUCUAUUUCAAAAAGAAUUUGUCAGCAAACAAUAUUUAAAAAUAUAAAGAAAAUAGUAAAAAUGUAAUGGCACGUUUAAAACUUAACAAGGUGAUGCAAUAUGACUGUACAAACCAGUGUCUUUUGUGAACAUUGAAUGUCCAAGUUGUACAAUUUUUAUUUUGUAUGUCUUCCCCUUACUUCUAGCGUCCCAGUUCCCAGUUUGCAUUCCUUUUCCAGCUAAAGGAGACCAAUGUGGAAACCAACUAAUAAAUCUUUUUGGCGAGGGUUCGGCCUUUGGUUCUCUUUCUGGCUAUUGUACUUGUGCCGAGGGCCUGGUUUGUACCAGCAAAGGGUAAGAUUGUCACAGAUCAAAAAAAAGAAAAGAAUGAAUAGGGAAAAUAAACCAAUUGCUACAAAUCUAGCCGUGAAUAGAGGUGUUUCCUACGCUCAUUGUUUGAGGAGGAUAAAGAGUUAUGCUUUGCCUUACGCCCUUACAAAUCAUAUCAAAGAUACCAGGAAUACCAGGCAGAGCUUAAAGAACCACUAUAGUGCCAGGAAAACAUACCCCCACCCUCAGGGUCCCCCUCCCGCCGGGCUGGAUGGCGAGGAAAGGGUUAAAUCUUACCUUUUUUUCCAGCGCCGGGCGGGGAGCUCUCCUCCUCCUCUCCUCCUCUUCGGCUGAAUGCGCAAGCGCGGCAGGAGCUGCGCAUGCAUUCAGCCUGUCUCAUAGGAAAGCGUUCAUAAUGCUUUCCUAUGGACGCUGGCGUCAUCUCACUGUGAUUUUCACAGUGAGAAGCACGCAAACGCCUCUAGUGGCUGUCAAUGAGACAGCCUCUACAGGCUUUAGAGGCUGGAUUAACCCUAAUAUAAACAUAGCAGUUUCUCUGAAACUGCUAUGUUUAUAAAAAAAAGGGGUUAAUCCUAGAGGGACCUGGCACCCAGACCACUUCAUUAAGCUGAAGUGGUGCCUAGAUUGGUCCUUUAACUCCACAUUAGUCAUAAAAUGGCAGAUUGUGACAAAGGCACCAUAAUGGCUCCAAUUGUGGCUGGUGAAGUUUUAAGAUGGUGGGUGCCAGACUCCUUCCCCAGAGUUUUACUUCUCUCUAUACAUUAAAGAGAUACUCAUACAAUACAGAGAGCCGAGCAUAAUACCAAGAUGCUCAUACAUUAAAACAAGCUGGGCCCAAUACAAAGAUAUCUACACAAUACACAGAGCUGGGUAUACUACAGAGAUACCCAUACAACAAGUAGAGCUGAGGAAAAUACAGAGAAAUCCCUCAUAGAGCUGGGCACAAUAAUAAGAUAACAUAACUAUCUCACACAGCCAGGAUCACUGUGAUGGAUUACACAGAGCUGCAAUACAGAGAUACCCACACAGCAUGGCCGAACUGGGGAAAAAAUUAAGUCCAGGCAUUUUUUUAAGCACAGCAGCCCACUGAGAAGGGGGCGGGGACAGAGAGAGGCGUUUUGUCAUCACCAAUGACAAGAAUGCCCCCUCUCAAAGUGAGCUUGUUGGUUUGUUGCCCUUCCAGGGCAGAACAUGCACAGAGCCCUGCUGAAGAGCUCUAGCAUAAGAAAAAGGUAUUUGUUCUGCUCAGCGAAAGCAAAUUUAUUAACAUGCUUGCACUGUGUUUGCUUGUAACCUGUCUCUGGUGUCUCAAUAAGUGGGAUUACAGAGGACAAAAUGGCCAGGAAAGCGAAUUGUGCAUGUGUUUGGAGCCUGCUUGUUGGAUUGAGUGUGUAGAGCGAGCUGAUUGUGGUGUAGUAUUGUGUAAAUAGGUCGGUUUAAGUCAUGUUGUGUUUGUGGCAUAAUAUGUGUGGCUAGGGGCUGUAGAGAGCGAGCGAGUGUGUGUAUAGGGGACAUAGUGUGUAUAGUGAAUGUGGUGAGUGUAUGCAUAGGGGAUGUAGUGUAUGUGUGUAUAGGUGAUGUAAUGUGUGUUGGGUUAUAGAAAAUUUGUGUUUAGGGAAUGUAUUAUAUGUUUUCUUACAUGGGAACUAGUGUAUGCACAGAGGAUCCAGUAUGUAUGUAGGUGGUGCAGUGUGUGUCUUUACAGGAUCUUUUGUGUGUGUGUGUUUGGGGAUCUAGAGUAUGUAUACGGAAUCUAAUGUGUGUGUGUGUGGGGGUUAGCUGAUCCAAAGUUGUGUACUGGAUCUAGUCCAGUGUGUGUAAUAGAUGCAAUGUGUGUGUGAGGGGUGCUGUGUGUGAAUGGAGUUGUGUUGUAAAGAGUGCAGUAUGUGUGUUUGAAGGGUGCUGUAUGUGUGUGUGUGUGAGGUGUGCUGUAUGAGUGUGUGUGGGGUGAAGUGUUUGUGUGAGAGGGGUGCAGUAUGUGUGAGGUGUGUGUGAGGGGGGUGCUGUGUGUGAGAGAGGGAUGCUGUGUGUUACAGGAGUACAAGAGGGGUGCUUUGUGUGCCUGAGUGGUGCUGUGUAUGUGAGGGGUGCUGUAUGUGUGAGAGAUGCAGUGUGUAAGGGGUGCUGUGUGUGUGUGAGAGAGGUUCUUUGUGUGUGUGUGUGUGUGUGUUAGGGGUGCUGUGUGUGAAUAUGUUUAGAAGCUUUGUGUGUGUGGGGCAGAUUAAUGCAUAUAUAUAUAUAUAUAUAUAUAUAUAUAUAUGUUUUGGGUUUUUUAAUUAAAAAAAACAAAAAUUUGUAUCCCCCCCUUCCUUCUUACAUUUUCCCUGGGAGGGGAGACAUUACUUGUAAUCCCUGACAAUACAAGUGGGGAGAGAACUGGGUAUGUUCUCCCUCCUGUACUGGCUGCCGCAUCUCACUGCCAGGGGGCCAGUGAGGGAGAUCUUUGAUCACACCUUUUCAACUAGCAAACAAGAGCGUCUCAGGUCUCAGCUGUAAUGAAGAUGGUGGGUAUGUGCAGUACGAGUUAUUCAAACUAUUAAUGACAGGCAGGACAGUGCUCUGUGUCAGAAAUGCCCCCCUCCGUUUGUCACCCUUGGGCUUCCUUGGCUUUAUAUAUAUUAAUUAUAUAUUUGAGUAAAUAAUCUGCCCUCAGGCUAUCACUAGGGCUGUGGGGGAGAGAAAAAGAUAUUAUACACAUUUGGCAGGGGACAGAAGCUACUGCCGCUGUGCUCUUUCUGUGCUGCUUCCAAGAUAGCGUCUUGCUUCUCUCUGCUGUGGGCACUGUAACACUUCCACCUGGUGCCAUCAGCCAGUGAUAGCCUCAUGCACAAUGAGGCCAAUAGUGUGCCUCCACUCAUGGGAAGCUGGCUCUGCUGCCCCAAUGGCAACUCAAUAGAAAUGUUUAAAAUACUUUCUUAAAGGACACUAGGCAUGUGCAUAACCUGCUGAAACAGGGCAGAUAGUUAAACCAGACCCAUAUUUAUGACAUGCCUAGAGGCUCAUAAGUAAGCUUCUCUAAACAGCUACCAAUAGGGAGGACUGAAAUUUAUUACAGACCUAAAAAGACAUUUAUAUUUUCCUAUAUUACUCUCAAGAAAAAGAAUCAUAGUGUUUCUAAACUACUGCAAAUACAUUUUUUGCCACAUAACUGUAUGUAAGCUCUUCCCCAAGUUGGCUCUGUUCUUUGAACAGGGGCUCUCUGCAUUGUCUGCCCUCAGUGGGCUGGUCUUUAUGAUUGAAAGGCAGCCUGGUGUGCAUUUAUGCUCUUAGGGCAUUACCAUUGAUGUGAGUCAUAUGACUGUCCUGUCCUCUUUUACCUCAAACAUCGAAUUCCUGCUUCACAGGGCCCCAAUGUUGGGGGGUAUGCCGAGUUCUUACACACAUAGGAAGCAGCAGUAAACCAUUUGGGCACUGUGUCUUUCUAGUUCUUUUGGGCUCUUGGGUCAAGACCCUUAAAUCUUUCUGUUAGACUGUAGAGGUAAACUCAACAGAGUAAAGCAGGUUUUUCAUCAAAUCUUUUCUUCACUAGGGUGUCAGGGCUUACCUGUGGUUGGAGUCCAGAGUGCAGAGAUAAUGCUCACCUUUGCAAAAUAUCACAGUCCAUGGUGACUAGUGAGAUAAAUCCUGAUGAUAGUGAACGGGGGCAGAUUUGGAAGUGCUGUACAGACAAAGGAAAAUCCAAAAUCAGAGUAUAAGACACAUCCACAGAUCAGGGCUGCCAGCUAGUAUGCAUAAAUUAUAGUCCAGAAAUAGAAGUACAAGACCGGAGAGUCAGGAGUAGGUAGGAUACUUGCAGAAACAGCAACAAAGAACUGACCCUGAAGUUGAUGAUAGGAAGGGCUUUAGGCCAGUUAAUGAGCUACGGAUGAGGCAAAUAACUGCAGGUUAGUCAGCACGAUGUCACCCCCCUGAGAUGCAUGAUAAACUGCAAAACAAACUCACAGGUGUCAAACUGCAGUGGCUCACUGGUAGAGAACAUGACUGGGAACAAUGAGGGUCUGAGUUCAGCCCGAUCUCCCAAAAGGGAGGCCAAACCUGGCAGUCCGCACUGAUGGAGACAAACCAUGACACAAGGUUCAAAGUUUAUUUUAAAUAUAAGGCUAGAGUAGCUGAACUGAAAGCAUAGCUGACUUAGAGAAUGUUUCCAUUUCAGCUUUUUUGACCUCAAAUUUGAAAUUCACUUUAAAUUCAUCAUGAAUUCUCCUUUUGAUGAUUAACCAUGUAUAACUGUUUUUCACUAUAACCAUGAUGGGUGGUAAUUCCACUUCUUUCCUUAUUUUAAUAAAGGUUGUUCCUAUCUCCUACUUGUGAGAAGCCAGAUGAUGUACUAGAUUUCACCGCCUACAGAAGUGAACACAUUUUGCAAACACUGGCGCCGUGGACUGUAAAGUAUGACAACUUAGUAAUGGACCUACCUAAAGCUGCUGUAGAAAGUGGGACAGAAGCUGAAAACGCUUUUAAUAUGCUUGGUGAUGUCAGGGUGGGUAGCUUGGAGAGUGAGAAGAACAUGCAAUUUGAAGAACAUGCCAAUGAACCCUCUGAGCCAAGUCAAGUUGAAUUUCAGGAACUUAAACAACUUGCCAAACAAAUGGGACAAUUUUUAGGUCCUGGGUUCUAUUGAUCUUACGUUUGUUGUCUCUAAUAGGUUUGUAAAAAGAUUAUAUUUCGAAAACUUAUAGAGUUAUUCACUACAGUGGGAAAUAUAGGGAAUUCAAAAUGAAUUUUAAAGGUGAACGUAAGUGAACUGGAACAAUAGAUGCCUUGGAGAAUUUUUCAGUUCAUCUCUUUUGCCAUUUAAUUUGAAAUUCACUUUCAAUUCCCACUUCAAUUCUCUAUUUAUUGAAAAGCACUGUUAGAUUACUUAUCUUUGAAAUUUUAAAGAUUAUCUAUUUUUGCUGAUUAUAGUUUUUUUGUUUGUUUGGCAAUAAAUAAUAUUCUAGCAUUAUAAUUAUGUCCUACUUUUUGUACAUUAUGCUGAAUUACAGAAUUAAAAAAUAUCUGGAUUGUGUAAAUUAGGCCCCGAACAGGC